AUGAGCACUAUCAAUAGAUUUCUUAGCCGGAAAGACAAGAAUUCGCAUGGGACACACAAAGAUAAACCUAAACGCUAUAGUGGGCACCUCAACGGUUUCUUCGAGGGCGAAGAGGUCAAGCCCCCUGAAAAAGAGGAGGAGAAGAAGAUUAAAACUCUCUCACAACGACUUGCGCGGAAUGGAAUCACAACCUUCAAAGACGACGACAUUGCGUACGUUUUGACUGGCGCCUAUGCCCAAGGAGAUUCGGGGAAAGCAUACGAACUGCUUUCGCUGCUGAAAGAGUCGGAGGAAGGCAUCAUCCGGGACUACAAUCCUAAUGUAAAGUUACUUGGAGCAAUCAACCGGGAGGGAGUCACUUGUUACUUGGACGCGCUGCUGUUCGCCAUGUUCGCUAGGGGCAGCUUUGAAGCAAUGUUAUACAAGAAUUUCGAGGAUGCGCCUAGGAAACGCCUGGCCACUUUGCUGAGACUAUGGGUAAAUAUUCUCAGGGCAGGAAAAUUGAUCACCACGGAUAUCACAAAGCAAAUACAACUUCAACUAUCUCAUUGCGGUUGGACAGAAGCCGCCGAGCUGUGUCAGCAGGAUGCUUCUGAGGCUUUUACAUUCAUCACGUCCACCCUUGCUCUACCUUUGCUUACUUUUAGAAUGGAUAUAUUCCACACUGGGAAGGAAGACACAAACGAUGAUCACAAAUUUAUCAACGAGCGGUUGUUGGAACUUGCCAUCCCCGAAGAGCCUCUUGAUGGACAUGUGAUCACUCUUGAGGAGUGCCUCGAGAUGUUCUUCAACAAUAAGAUCGAAGUGAAACGAUAUCUCGACUCGCUUGAGCGGAGAGGUACUCUCAAUUCGAUACGCUCACACCAGUCCUUUGAUUCAACAAAAGCCCACGCUUCGCAUUUUGAGGUUGCCGAACUCGACAACUCACCACCAUCGUCGCCCAAGGUGCUGCAGCCGCAGGUGUCUGCAAUACCAGUCUCGCCAAUAGCGUUAACUCACCAACGGCAUCGAGCACCUAGCAUCAUCCAAGAGCAUUACAUAGAUGAAAAAGUUGGAAUUCUUGCUCGCUCUCCAUCUAUCGCCGAAGAGCCAAGAGGUCGGGGUGGCCGUUUGAGAAAGGAAGUCAUGAUGCCUGCUUGGCAGUUCUUUAGUCUAAUACCUUGGUAUACGAACAACGUGCCUAGUAACGACGCCCAAGUUGCUGCGCACUUCUCAUCUUCAAGACCUAUCCUCGGCAUUUGCUUGAAAAGGUAUUCCAUGCUACCCAACGGGACUGCGGUCAAGCGGAAAACACAUAUCGAUAUUCCAUUAGAAAUCGGUCUACCUCAUUUCAUCCAAGACGACAGACUGGCCGAAGAUGGUCCUGCAUUCGGCAAUUUCAAACUCUUUUUACAAACAGUAGUCUGUCAUCAAGGCGUCUCCGUCGAAUCGGGCCACUACAUCAGCUUGGUCCGUAGCCCAGAUCCACUGAAAAACGGCGAAGAUCGGUGGAUGCGCUUCGACGACUUGGCCAAGGAGAGGGUUACCUACACCAACGUCGAGCAGUUCCUUGGCGUGGAAUCUCCGUACCUCUUGUUCUACCAAGUCAUCCCAAUUGAAGGCGACCCAGCCAAUAUCGCGGAUGGCGAAACGCAAGUGCUAAGCAGUGAGAACCCUCCAGCUUAUUCGGAGUCAGCUAUUAGUCGUGACUCAAACGUUGACUCUGCCGUCGGCGGCCUCUCUGUGACCGUCCCCUCACAUCAGAGUGGGAGCUCCGAGAUGCAACGGCCUAGUUUUGAGAUUCGCAGGCCAAGUUUUGAUGCUUCGGCAUCCGAUGAGGAUCCUCGAGGCCGGUCCAGCGUUGAGAGGCGGCAAAGUGUCGGCUUUGCCGACGACAGCGUAAGCAGCGCCAAUAUCGAUUUCUCGCCCACACCAAACCUUGGAUUGGGGCAAAUGAACGGGCUCAACACUCUGGCGGCCUCCCGCCGAGGCUCCAAGGCUACGAAGUCGAGUUCGAAAAGCAGACCCAGCAGCCGAGUGGACGAUAACAGGAUGAGCACAUCAUUAUCUCGAUUAGCAAACGCAAUGUCACGAGACAAACUCAAUACCCCGCUCGGUGUGCCAACCCAAGCAGAAGAUCAUGUAUCAAAAGUCCCUGGGAUUCCCGUAGCUGCCUCGACCGGAGAUGAGGAAGCUCACGACAAGGGGACUCUAAAAAAGGAAGCCAAGGAGAAAAGCAGAGCACAUCGCCGGGAUCAUCAGCACCUCGUGAAGGGAAGGCACAAAGAUGGAAAGCCUGACAGAGAGUGCUCGGCGAUGUGA